CCGUUAUCGUCCUUGUGAUGACGCACGCAUUGCACUGGCAGGUUCGUGAUGCUGUAUGUCGUGUAGUCCCAGUUUUUCGUGAUAGCUCCACUGCGUCCCUCACUGUUCUCAUUUUGUGGUUCUCUUUCAGACAUCUUAUUGUUUCUUUCUUGUAGAUCCACAUCUUGGUGUCUGCAUUCGAUUUCGUGUGGUACCAUAUUACCAUGCUGUUUUGAAUUUCUCGGGACACUGCGAUUGCGUCGAUUGAUACUCCAUGUUUCUUUCCUGCUGCUGUCAUUCUUGCAAGGUCCGCUCCAAUCUUUUUUGGUGAUACGUUAUGCUUCCAAUCUUGCAGCAAAGAUUUCAUCUGCGACGAAGCACCAGAGGGGUCUUUCCUCUCCGAAGUUAAGAUAUGUUUUUAGCCACAUUAUGGCUAUUGCUUCGUUGCGUGCGACUAUGUCCAUUAGGUCUCGU